UCACAAUCUGGCCGCUACUUCAUCGGUUUCAUCCUCAUCACUUCUUCUACUUAUUCUACAGAACACACACUCCCUAUCUCUCACCAUCACCAUCGAGGAAAAUGGCAGAUUCGAACCUAGAGACAGCUCCACCGGAAGCCACCCAGCAGUCGCCGUUAACGGCGGAGACGGUUCCGCUCGCAACUUCAUCACCGCCGGAAUCUGCUUUUUCAGAAGAAACCGAGCCACCACUGGCGUCGUUUGCUCUUGCAUCAGAGAAAGAGGCGCCACCACCAAGUGAACCGCCACUCACAGUCGAGGAGAGGCUCAAAGAAGCCGUCACUGUUAUAGAAAAAGAUACCCCUCUAUCACCGACGCUCGGGGCGGAGCUUGUAUCCGUCACCUCCACUGAAAAGGAAACCAUCCCAGCACCACCAGUAUCACAGCCUCUAGCUGCGGCACUGGAAGUGCCACAAGAGUCUGAAUCACCAGUUGGGAAAGAAGUAGUCGAACCCGAAAAAUCAAAAUCAAUGGAGAAGAAAAAAGCUCCAGAAUCACUGGUUUCUUUCAAAGAAGAGAGCAAUAAACUAUCAGAUCUCUCAUAUUUCGAGCGUAAAGCAUUAGAAGAAUUCAAAACCCUCGUCCAGGAGGCACUUAACACCGGCGUUUUCACCUUGGCAUCGCCCUCAGAUACCUCGAAUUUACCCGAAGAAGUAUCCAUCUGGGGCGUGCCCUUACUUAAAGACGAUAGGAGUGAUGUGAUAUUGCUGAAGUUUCUACGAGCACGAGACUUUAAGGUGAAAGAAUCUUUCACCAUGCUGAAAAACACUAUAAAAUGGCGAAAAGAAAUCAAUAUCGACGAACUGAUAAAGGAAGAUUUGGGAGAUGAUCUUGAAAAAGUUGUAUUUAUGCACGGGCAAGACAAGGAUGGGCAUCUAGUGUGUUAUAAUGUGUACGGGGAAUUUCAGAACAAGGAAUUGUAUGCAAAAACAUUUGGGGACGACGAAAAAAGAAAGAAAUUUUUGAAAUGGAGGAUUCAAUUUCUUGAAAGGGGUAUAAGGAAUCUGGAUUUUACUCCUGGUGGCAUUAACACUAUCUUUCAAAUUAGUGAUCUCAAGAACUCCCCUGGACCAGGGAAAAGGGAGCUUCGCAUUGCCACUAAACAGGCAUUGCAGGUUCUGCAGGACAAUUAUCCUGAGUUCGUGACAAAACAGGUGUUCAUCAAUGUUCCUUGGUGGUACUUGGCUUUCUACACGAUGAUGAGUCCGUUCUUGACCCAGCGGACGAAAAGCAAGUUUGUGUUUGCUAGCCCAUCGAGAACUCCAGAAACUCUAUUCAAGUACAUAUCUCCUGAGCAUGUGCCUAUUCAAUAUGGUGGCCUUAGUAUAGAUUUCUGUGAAUGCAACCCAGAGUUCACUGUUGAUGAUCCAGCCACCGAGAUUACUGUAAAACCAGCAACCAAGCAGACCGUAGAAAUUAUAGUUAAUGAGAAAUGCAUUAUCGUUUGGGAGCUUCGUGUGGUCGGCUGGGAAGUAAGCUACAGUUCUGAGUAUGUGCCUAAUGCUGAAGGUGGCUAUACUGUAAUCAUAGAGAAGGCGAGGAAGAUGGCUGCCACAGACGAGCCUGUAGUCUCUAACAGUUUUAAAAUUAGCGAGCUAGGUAAGAUCCUACUCACUGUUGACAACCCUACAGCAAAGAAGAAGAAGCUGCUUUACAGAUUCAAGGUCUUUCCCUAUGAUAAUUAAUGAUCCUUAACUGUCAAAGUGUUACUUUCAACUUAGCAUCAAAUUAUGGGUAUUCUGAAUAUUUCUCGCGUACCAUCCUUAUCUUUGUGUUGUUGAUAGAAUGUUGUUUUUGAGUUGAUAGUCGACUUUCUAUUUGCGGGUUCUUUCAUGCAUUUUCACCUGUAGCUGGUCAUUCUGUCUAUAGAUUGACUUAGCAUGUAUGUUAGAGAUGGUUUAAAGUAGGAAUGUUUGCUGAGAGAAUGUAGUAGUACAACAGUGGAACUCUGUGGUUCGGAAUUUGUCUGUUUUUUGUGUUGUAUAUUUGUGUUAUGUGUUAAUUUUACUUUUCAUGUUAUA